AUGUUUCCCAAGUCCUGUCCCCCCCUUUACCAAUGUUUCCCAGACCCCAAGUACUGUCCCCCCCUUUACCAAUGUUUCCCAGACCCCAAGUCCUGUCCCCCCCUUUACCAAUGUUUCCCAGACCCCAAGUCCUGUCCCCCCCUUUACCAAUGUUUCCCAGACCCCAAGUCCUGUCCCCCCCUUUACCAAUGUUUCCCAUGUCCUGUCCCCCCCUUUACCAAUGUUUCCCAAGUCCUGUCCCCCCCCUUUACCAAUGUUUCCCAUGUCCUGUCCCCCCCUUUACCAAUGUUUCCCAUGUCCUGUCCCCCCCUUUACCAAUGUUUCCCAUGUCCUGUCCCCCCCUUUACCAAUGUUUCCCAUGUCCUGUCCCCCCCUUUACCAAUGUUUCCCAUGUCCUGUCCCCCCCUUUACCAAUGUUUCCCAAGUCCUGUCCCCCCCUUUACCAAUGUUUCCCAAGUCCUGUCCCCCCCUUUACCAAUGUUUCCCAUGUCCUGUCCCCCCCUUUACCAAUGUUUCCCAUGUCCUGUCCCCCCCUUUACCAAUGUUUCCCAUGUCCUGUCCCCCCCUUUACCAAUGUUUCCCAUGUCCUGUCCCCCCCUUUACCAAUGUUUCCCAUGUCCUGUCCCCCCCUUUACCAAUGUUUCCCAGACCCCAAGUCCUGUCCCCCCCUUUACCAAUGUUUCCCAGACCCCAAGUCCUGUCCCCCCCUUUACCAAUGUUUCCCAGACCCCAAGUCCUGUCCCCCCCAUUACCAAUGUUUCCCAAGUCCUGUCCCCCCCUUUACCAAUGUUUCCCAUGUCCUGUCCCCCCCUUUACCAAUGUUUCCCAUGUCCUGUCCCCCCCUUUACCAAUGUUUCCCAAGUCCUGUCCCCCCCUUUACCAAUGUUUCCCAUGUCCUGUCCCCCCCUUUACCAAUGUUUCCCAUGUCCUGUCCCCCCCUUUACCAAUGUUUCCCAUGUCCUGUCCCCCCCUUUACCAAUGUUUCCCAUGUCCUGUCCCCCCCUUUACCAAUGUUUCCCAUGUCCUGUCCCCCCCUUUACCAAUGUUUCCCAAGUCCUGUCCCCCCCUUUACCAAUGUUUCCCAUGUCCUGUCCCCCCCUUUACCAAUGUUUCCCAUGUCCUGUCCCCCCCUUUACCAAUGUUUCCCAUGUCCUGUCCCCCCCUUUACCAAUGUUUCCCAUGUCCUGUCCCCCCCUUUACCAAUGUUUCCCAUGUCCUGUCCCCCCCUUUACCAAUGUUUCCCAGACCCCAAGUCCUGUCCCCCCCUUUACCAAUGUUUCCCAGACCCCAAGUCCUGUCCCCCCCUUUACCAAUGUUUCCCAGACCCCAAGUCCUGUCCCCCCCUUUACCAAUGUUUCCCAGACCCCAAGUCCUGUCCCCCCCUUUACCAAUGUUUCCCAGACCCCAAGUCCUGUCCCCCCCAUUACCAAUGUUUCCCAAGUCCUGUCCCCCCCUUUACCAAUGUUUCCCAGACCCCAAGUCCUGUCCCCCCCAUUACCAAUGUUUCCCAAGUCCUGUCCCCCCCUUUACCAAUGUUUCCCAGACCCCAAGUCCUGUCCCCCCCAUUACCAAUGUUUCCCAAACCCCAAGUCCUGUCCCCCCCCUUUACCAAUGUUUCCCAGACCCCAAGUUCAGUCCACCAUUUAG